UAUCGCUUGCCGUAGAUUUCUAAUAAAAAGAAAUUACGAUCGCCCUUUAUUUUGCCGGGUUACCUUCUCUAACAUAAUAUUAUCCGCGAGUUUCGGGUAAAUAGAGUUCAUUUCAGUGAAUAUAGUUGACGUGUUUCGUAGCUUUUGCAUCGUUUUUUGCAAAGCUCGGAUCUACCUCUUUGUUCCGCGGCCGCUCGGCCCUACUCGGUUCUUGUCGUUCCGCUGAAGAAUGGACGAGGCAGCCUCGGCCACGAAGGCACUCGGGCUGGAUGAACCGCCCAUCGAUGGGUCGCCGGUGGAGGGAGUGGGCUCGGAGACGGAGUCGGAGGCCGAAGUCGCUACGAUGGCUGUGAUGGCGGAACCGGGAAACAUCGUCAUGAGAGCCGAGCCCCUCCCGAACUCAGACGAGGCCGAGGCGGCAUUCGCAGAGGUAACUGCAGUGACAGUGGCGGAUGUUCAAGCAGAGGACAAUGUUUUCACCACCACAGUUGCCACGUCAGGAAGCCUUCCAGAACAUGUACUGAGUGGCAGAACUACUCUCCAACUGGGUGAAGGUCUCGGUACCCAGAAGGCCACCCUGAUUGUGGUUCACACUGAUGGCAGCAUCGUAGAAGCAGCAGGCCUCAAAUCUGCAGCCACCAUCACAUCAGGCCCGCAGACUCCACCCACUCCUUUGACUCCGCUGCAGGACAAAGACUCCUACUCCAAAUACAACUGGGACCCCUCCGUGUACAACAACGAGCUGCCGGUCCGCUGCAGGAAUACAAGCGGAGUCCUUUACAAGAAUCGACUGGGAUCAGGGGGAAAAGGUCGCUGCAUCAAACACAACCAUCAGUGGUUCACUCCGACAGAGUUUGAAGCUUUAGCAGGACGAGCGAGCAGCAAAGACUGGAAGAGGAGCAUCAGAUAUGCUGGCAGACCUUUGCUCUGCCUCAUACAGGAACAUAUCCUGAACCCUCAUGCUGCUUCUUGUACCUGUGCAGCCUGCUGUGAUGACCUGACACAUUCACCAAAGGAUGGGGACUCUCUGUCACCAGAAAGUAUCACCAUGACCGGCCCUGUCCGCCUCUUUGUCCCUUACAAGAGACGGAAGAAGGACAAUGAGCUUCCAGUUGUACCAGUCAAGAAGGAUCUCAGCCCCCUAAAGAACAUCCAACUGACUCCAGGGACAACAUUCACAGUGUCCCCGUCAGGACAGUUUGCUACCUCUAGCACGUUGACCUUUGAUCGUGCGCCAACAAGCGACGCUGCCUCAGCUGCCAUCAUCUCAGACGAGACGGCGCAGAGUGACGUGUUUGCCGGUACCACAGUGCUCACAGCAUUGCCAGCGCUGGCUGUUGCUCCUCAAUCGAUCCAAGCCAAAGUAGCAGUGGCCUCCGCAGCAUCAUCUCCGUCUGCAACACUAGUGGCGGGACUGGAGGUGGCGCCUGUGGGGGGCGGAUGUUCGGCAGUGAACGAGGGCGAGAAGAACACGUGGGUUUACCUAGAGGAACUCGCUAACACGCUGAUGAACAAUGUGCAGCAGCUGAAAGCUCUGAUAGAACAGGCCAAAAACUCUGCUGGGGAGACAGGAGGGGUCAAAGAUCAGGGAAGCAGAAAGGAGUGUGGCCUUGGUCAGCCGUUUCAAAGCCACAUCUCGUUUCAACAGCCAGAUGACUCAGAGCCCAAGAGGAACUCUGACAUCACAGAGAUCAUCAUCAAUGAGAUGUGUGUGAACUGUGGUCGGAUGGCAAUGAGCGAGUGUACAGGCUGUCGCAAAGUCAAUUACUGUUCCACGUUCUGUCAGAGGAAGGACUGGAAGGAUCAUCAACAUUUAUGCUGCCAGUCAUCAUCAGGUGGCGUAGCUGUUCAGGAGGAGGAGCCAAUCACAGCUAUUGACAUGGACAAAGUGAAAUGAAGCUGGAGCAGGCUACCUGCUGAUCAUCCUUCCAUCUUCAGCUGCCGUGUAAAUAGUGGCAACAAUUUCACCUCAGCUCAGGAGUGAAGUACUGCAUCAUCAUCACAGCAGCAUCUAGUGUUUGUAAGAGGAACUACAUCUAAACCAUCUGGAAAACAGUUCAGCAGAUAACUGCAAUUCAGUGGAGCUCAGUAAUUAUGCCAACAUGGAAUCCAUGUCGGUAUGUUAUGCUGUUUUGUAAAGUUGUAAAAUCAAACUACAAAUAUUACUUUCUCUGCAAUGACAGCCGCGGUAAAAUGAGGUGAGACAAAUCAUUCACAGAUAGAAGUUAUCUUACAUACUGUAUGUUACAGUAACCAUGCGCUGAAAACUGAAAAUACCCUGAUCUCAAAUAAUUCUUGUUCCUGAAAUAUUUUUAUAUCAUUACGAUGGAAAGUUUCAUUUUCCAUUUUGUUAUGAAUUAAAUAUAAAUGAUGAAAAUAAAGGUUAAUCAAAUUGCA